GUGCUCUCAUGGCGACUGGCCAAGGAGGAGCACCUCUCUGCACAGAAGUAAAAUUGCUUUGCUGAAAAUCCUUUGUUUGAGUGUUCAAUUUCCUUAGUAUUUUGAGCAUUAUUUCUAACAAUUCUGGCGCCCAACGUGGGGCAAAUAUUCUCCUUCGGGAGGUGGUAUUCGGUCACCCCACCCAUUGGGGAUGUGUCCCACUGUCUAGUUACAGUGGCCCAAGGGGAUCAGGGCCCCCCAUUGUGACAAAUAAAUCUGGGUUCUCAGCAAAGUGGGGAGGAGAGGCUUGCAAGACCAUGGCAAUAAGAGGACAAGAUAACUCUUCUGCAUGGACCAAGGAAAUGCUGGAGGCUUUUGAAGAAGAGGCUAAAGGAACAGGACACCCCAGGCUGCGUAUCACAGCAGCUAUAUCUGCUGGCAAGGAGACCAUUGAUGCAGGAUAUGAAAUUUCAGAGAUCAAGAAGUGAGUGCAGUGUGUCUCUCGGGGGUCCCCAAAUCCCAGAGCAGAGAUUUCUAAACUUUUUGGUGGACAGCAUCCCAAGCAGUGCUGUAAGUGUAAUGUUGGAAAAACUAGUGUCCAAUGCCAAACAGACUUGAGGACUUGGUGGCUUUGGGAUAAGAUGGUGGCCCCUUUAAAUGGUCAUUGUGGUAGGCUUUGGGGAGAAGAAGACUAAGAUUUAAGGCCAUGCAGAAUCUUUAUAAUAGCAAUCCUCAUUAUCAAUUUCUCCUGAAAAACAAUAUAAAGUCACCAAAGCUAUUAUUGACAAAGCAAUAUGAGAGUUACUCACUAUGAUUCCCAUGCUCCUAGAGACAUGUGUUUCUCAGUUACGAGCUCUAACAACCACAUUUCCUAGCUUUCUGCUUUGGGUUUUUUCUGUUUUUGUCAAGGAAGUAAAAAAGGCUUCCUCUCCAGCCCUAUGGGGGUUGCAGAAAAUAACAUCGUUCCCUGGAGCACCAUAGGAAGCCACACUGGUGGGGUCAUAAUGAAAGGAGCCGGGCACAUUCCUCAGCCCCGGGCUCAAAACAAACAAGCCCAGUACAAACACAUCCCAUCCUCCCAUCCCACCACACAUCGCCAUAUAUCUCAAACUUCCUGAGCCCAGUACAAACACCACCAGGAAAGUCUCAGAUAAGGGGACAGCCGUUCAAAGUUUUACUGAAAGAGCGGGAACCAAAAGAAUUCCUUUGUUCCCCUGUAACUUUCAGGCUAUAAAAAGCAAACACUCACAUUGUUCAAGGCCCUCUUGUAUGCUGUGGAAUGGAGGGACCAGGUUCGAACUUGUAGUAAAGAUCCUUGCCGCUUGGCUUUGACUCUGGACUCUGGUGGCCUUCUUUGGGGAACUAAUGGUCUGGGCAUAACAUCUGGGGGCCUGUCCGGGAUUCCCCAAGCCCACCAGACCCCUGGUCAACGGAUCUGCUAGGAUCGAUCUACUGAUAGGUGAGCUGGCUUGUCUCCGUUUGUCUGUCUGUGUCUGUUCUGAAUCCGAAUCUGUGACUCGUGAGGUCUGAAACUGGAGCUGGCACAGUCCUGGCGGACGCGCUAUAGGACAGCCAGCGGAGACCAGUGGGAGACGUCCCCUGGCUCUCAUCUGAUCUAUAUUGCAAUCUGAGCUGCCCCGGUUUGGCGGGCAGCAGCUGUCUCUGAUCUGAGCUGCCCCGGUUUGGCGGGCAGCAGCUGUCUCUGAUCUGAGCUGCCCCGGUUUGGCGGGCAGCAGCUGUCUCUGAUCUGAGCUGCCCCGGUUUGGCGGGCAGCAGCUGUCUCUGAUCUGAGCUGCCCCGGUUUGGCGGGCAGCAGCUGUCUCUGAUCUGAGCUGCCCUGGUUUGGCGGGCAGCAGCUGUCUCUGAUCUGGGCUGCCCCAGCACGACCGCAAUCCAGGCAGCUAACUCUGACCCGGGCUUCCGGUGCGCGCUUGCGAUCUGAACUGCCCCGGCUUGGCGGGCAGCAGCUGUCUCUGAUCUGGGCUGCCCCAGCGCGACCGCGAUCCAGGCAGCUAACUCUGACCCGGGCUUCCGGUGCACGCUUGCGAUCUGAACUGCCCCAGCUUGGCGGGCAACAGCUGUCUCUGAUCUGGGCUGCCCCAGCACGACCGCGAUCCAGGCAGCUAACUCUGACCCGGGCUUCCGGUGCGCGCUUGCGAUCUGAACUGCCCCGGUUUGGCGGGCAGCAGCUGUCUCUGAUCUGGGCUGCCCCAGCGCGACCGCAAUCCAGGCAGCUAACUCUGACCAGGGCUGCCAAAGUGCGCCUGCGAUUAGAUAUCAUUAAUAAGUCAGAUCAGAUUUCCUUUACAGGGAUUCAAACCCACAUUCCUUUACAGGAAGAGACUACAAAUUAUUACAGGAUGGGUAAUACCCAGAGCACUCCCCUAUCUCUCCUUACGAGUAAUUUCAAAGAAGUUAGAGCAAGGGGCCAUGAUCUUGGUAUAGAAAUCAGGAAAGGAAAGCUAAUUACUCUGUGUCACUCCGAAUGGCCUGCCUUUGAUGUGGGGUGGCCACCCGAAGGGACCUUCCGACUUGCUGUCAUCACUAGGGUAAAGUCCAAGAUUUUCCUACCUGGGCGUGCGGGCCACUUAGAUCAAAUCCCAUAUAUCCUCAUAUGGCAGGACCUUGUUGAGAACCCGCCUCCUUGGCUGUCCCCUUUCCAAUUGGCCUCUGAACCCUGUAAGGCACUGGUUGCUCAACCACUAAAAUCCAAGCAACCAACUGCCCCCCCCCAUCCUGUUCUACGUGACAGCGGGGACCCACUGUUCACAGAACCCCCUCUGUACCCCUCCGGGCUCCAGGCCCCAGCCCCCCUGGCUGAGCUGCGGGAGGGAGCAGGCGGACGGGAGGCGGCAGGCACACACGGGCCCGCUGAAAGGGAAAGUAACUUUAAAGGGCCAGCGGGGCGGACGCGAGGGUGCACUUUGCGGACUAGCCCCCCUCAGCCGCCUGACUCCACGGUGGCUUUACCCCUUUGGGAAAUAGGACCCCCAGAUGACACAGGAAUCCCCAGGCUCCAGUACUGGCAAUUCUCCACCAGUGAUCUGUAUAACUGGAAGACUCAGAGUGCUCGGUUUUCAGACAACCCCAAAGAUUUACUGGCUUUACUGGAUAGUGUCAUGUUCACCCACCAGCCCACUUGGGAUGAUUGUCAGCAGCUCCUCCGAAUCUUGUUCACCACGGAAGAGCGAGAGAGAAUACAGAUAGAAGCUAGAAAGCUGGUCCCAGGGGAUGACGGUCAACCUACUGCCAACCCCGACCUCAUAAACGCAACCUUUCCUCUGACCAGGCUGGCGUGGGACUACAUCAUGGCAGAAGGUAGGGGACGGCUACACCUUUAUUGCCAGACUCUAAUGGCAGGUCUCCAGGCAGCAGCUCGCAAGCCCACUAAUUUGGCUAAAGUAUAUUCUAUUCUGCAGGGAAAGACAGAGAGCCCAGCUACCUACUUAAAAAAAUUAAUGGAAGCUUUCAGACAGUACACCCCCAUAGAUCCAGAGGCUCCAGGAAGUCAGCUGUUGUAAUGUCUUUCGUAAAUCAGGCAGCCCCAGAUAUUAAGAGAAAACUCCAGAAAUUAGAAGACUUGAAAGGAAAGCAGAUUCAGGACCUCCUUCAGAUAGCCCAGCGGGUUUACAAUAACAGAGAUACUCCAGAGGAAAAGCAAUUUAAUGCCACUGAAAAAAUGACCAAGGUCCUGGCAGCAGUGGUACAGAAAGAGCAUCUACAGCCAGAGUACACCCAACCUAGGCGGCCCCCCCGGCAUGAUAAUCUGAGCAAAGACCAAUGUGCCUACUGUAAGGGGGCUGGCCACUGGGUAAGAGACUGCCCCAAAAAGAAACCACAAGGACAGGGACCCCCUAGGUCUACACCCGUACUAGUCACUCAAGACGAAGACUAGGAAAGAUGUGGUUCGGACCCCCUCCCCGAACCUAGGGUAACUUUGCAAGUGGAGGGGUCCCCAGUCCAGUUCUUGCUCGAUACGGGAGCACAACACUCGGUCUUAGUUAAAACUAAUGGGAAAUUAUCCUCCAAAUCCUCGUGGGUACAAGGGGCCACAGGAGUUAAGAAAUACCCAUGGACAACACAAAGAACAGUAAACCUCAGAGCCAAAAAUGUAACCCAUUCUUUCCUGGUCAUCCCUGAGAGCCCCUGUCCCCUAUUAGGGAGAGCCCAGUGGCUGCCGGGUGGACCCCUUGUCUCCGAAUGAUUGCGGCCACGGCUCUGAUGGUGCAAGAUGCUGAUAAACUUGUCAUGGGGCAAGAAUUGUGGGUCGUUACUCCACAUGCCAUCGAAGGUGUACUCAAACAGCCACCUAAUCGAUGGAUGAGUAACACCCGGCUCACCCACUACCAAGGACUACUACUAAAUCCUCUCAGGAUAAUUUUCCUGCCCCCAACAACCUUAAACCCUGCCUCGCUGCUGCCCAACCCGGACCUGGACACCCCACUCCAUAACUGCACCAAGAUACUAGCUUAGGUGCACGGAGUUCGAGAAGACCUGCAGGACCGCCCACUUCCUGAUGCCGACCUCGUCUGGUUCACUGAUGGGAGCAGCUUCAUGCAUCAAGGCCAGAGGUACGCUGGAGCGGCAGUAACUUCAGAGACUGAGGUAAUCUGGGCGGAACCCCUGCCCCCGGGGACAUCGGCCCAGAAGGCCGAACUGAUAGCGCUCACCCGAGCUCUUACCUUAGGGGCGAGGAAAAAGCUGACAGUAUAUACAGACAGCCGAUAUGCUUUUGCAACGGUGCAUAUACAUGGGGCCAUUUACAGGGAGCGAGGGUUACUGACGGCUAAAGGAAAAGAGAUAAAAAACAAGCAAGAGAUCCUAGCCCUGCUAACAGCCCUAUGGAGGCCAGAAAAAUUAGCCAUUGUACAUUGCCCAGGGCAUCAGAAACUAACUACUCCAACUGCUCAAGGCAACUUUCUGGCAGACCAAACUGCAAGGAAUGUGGCGAAGGCUCCCAGCCAACUCCUUGCACUCCAGCUCCCUGACCCGGGCCCCCGGGACUUGCCAUAUUUCCCUGAAUAUUCAGAACAAGAUCUCCAGUGGAUUGACAAACUUCCCCUGAAACAAAUCCAGAAUGGGUGGUGGACUGAUACUAAUGACCAAACCAUCCUACCAGAAAAAUUAGGACAACAGGUGUUAGAACACAUCCACCGAACCACCCACCUGGGGGCCCGGCGGAUGAUAGACCGGAUCAGACGCUCCAAGCUCAAAAUCAGACGUAUAGCUGAGACGGCCAGCAGUAUCGUGACACGUUGCAAAGUCUGCCAGCUUAACAACGCAUACCCCCAAUCUCAAGCUGCAACAGGAACAAGGCUCAGGGGAACCAGGCCCGGUAUCUACUGGGAAGUAGAUUUUACUGAAAUAAAGCCAGGAAAGUACGGGUACCGGUACUUACUUGUCUUUGUAGAUACUUUUUCAGGGUGGACUGAAGCAUUCCCAACCAAAAGAGAAACUGCUCAGGUCGUAGCAAAGAAAAUUCUGGAAGAUAUCCUUCCCAGGUAUGGCUUCCCCAUCCAGAUAGGGUCAGAUAAUGGGCCCGCUUUCAUCGCUAAGGUAAGUCAGGACUUGGCUUCCAUCCUUGGGGCAAAUUGGAAACUACAUUGCGCUUACAGGCCCCAGAGUUCAGGACAGGUAGAAAGGAUGAAUCGGACCUUAAAAGAGACCUUAACUAAAUUGACUAUAGAGACUGGUGCUAAUUGGGUAGUCCUUCUCCCCUAUGCUCUGUUCCGGGCCCGUAAUACCCCUUACAAACUGGGCCUUACCCCUUACGAAAUCAUGUAUGGCAGACCUCCACCCCUGGUUCCUAGCUUAAAAGAUGACCUGCUUAAGUCUGAAACAGAAAAUGUCUCUGAAUUCUUAUUUUCCUUACAAAGUCUUACAGAAAAUUCACCAAGAAAUCUGGCCCAAGCUGAAAGAGCUAUAUGAGACCAGUCCCCCACCGACACCCCAUCCGUACCGGCCGGGAGACUGGGUCCUGGUUAAGCGACACCGACAAGAGACCCUAGAGCCCAGGUGGAAAGGACCACUCCGAGUACUCCUGACCACACCCACCGCCCUGAAGGUAGAAGGCAUUGCGUCGUGGAUCCACUACACCCACGUCAAGCCAGUGGACCCAAUCUCCGACCUUCUGGGGCCAAUCAUGGCGGCGGCUGAAGCACCGGACACGUGGACUGUGGACAGAACUAAGAACAACCCCUUAAAACUCACCCUGCGCCGGCAGCAUAGCUCACUGCAAACAUGCAGUUAGGUAGUCUAACUCUAACAUUAGUCGCCCUAGUGGCCGCUGGGGAAAACAUAAAGCCAGCUCCUAAUC